AUGGGCCUUGUCGAUUAUUCAGAGUCCGAGUCCGAGACAGAGGCGCCUCCUGCCAAGACGCCGCCAGCGCCCAGGACGACUACUACCACCGGCAAGAAGCCAUUCCAGAAAGUCGUCGAUCGAUCCAACCCAGGCAAAAUCCUCGUCAACCUUCCCUCUGGGUCCAGCGCUGGGCCGUCCUCGGACGAACCACCAGCCAAACGCGCUCGUACGGGCGAUGCAGCAGGAGGAGGUCGCUUCUCUGGCUUCAACUCGUUUCUGCCACCGCCCAAGAAUGCGAACAAGACCCCGACUGUCGCAUCCUCGAGUGGAGGAGUCAAGCCCAAGCCAGGCGUCAACCUGAAGACGAGUGCAGCCCCAGGUUUCAGUCGCGACUUUGACGACGCGAACGAGGUGGAGGGAGGAGGAGCACCCGCAGGCGACACGGUAUCGCAUCGCGGUACCAACGGACCUACUAUCCCAGUGGAACAGAAGCCAGCUGAGGAAGUCAAGUUGGUGGGCAAGCCAAUGAUGUUCAGACCACUGUCUGUCUCUCGCAAUCCAAAGAAAAAGCCAAAGGCAUAUCCUGCAACACCUGCGAAGCCUGCAGUCUCUGCUCCCGUGGCUACGCCUGCUCCGUCGUCCAAACCACAAGAUGCUCCGCAGGUCGAACCUCCCAAGAAGACGUCGCUGUUCUCAUUGCAUCCCGAAGAAGACCCAGGACCGACCACAGCUGCUGCGAGCAACGGCGCAUAUCAGCCUCUCUUCGCGUCAGAGACGGAAGCCUACCAGCCCACCGCAGAGGAGGUGGCCGAGUACGCCUCUUACGCUGGUUCUGGGCCUCCUGUCGAUACUGGACCCCAAGAAGAGUCCCUCGACAUCGUCGCCAACGAUCUGAACCUCUCGGCCGCCGAGAGACGCGAGUUGUUUGGUCGAAGUGGGAAUGCCGGGCGGACUGCAAAGAACGUCAUCAACUUCAACAUGGACAAGGAAUACCAGCACAACGAGUCAAUGCGCGCUGCAGGCGAUCAGCAGAUUCACAAUCCUGUGCGCUCGAUACAGGGUGGAGGCAAGCACAGUCUGCAAAAGCUGGUCUCCAACGUGCAGAACCAGCGCGAAGCCUUGGAAGACAGCUUUGCCAAGGGGAAGAACAAUCGCAAGGAGGCGUCCGGACGGUACGGCUGGUGA